CAAGUGAAUAACUCAACAGUUACAAGUGAAUAACAGCUCAGAUUUUAAAAGCAGAAUCAGCUUUAAUUUUUGUUUUAAAAAGUUUCAUCAGAACUACCAAACAAAACGUUAAGAAUGUCUUCACAAACUGUUGCAGCGGUCGCUAUUGCUGUCAUUUUCUUGACUAUCAUGCAAUUCUCAAUGGGAGCUACAGUGGCACCGCUUUGCCAACCAGGUAUCAUUGAAGAAAUGCCACCACAUAUUAAGAAAGUUUGCAUGGCGUUAGAAAAUUCAGAUCAACUAACAACUGCGCUCAAGUCGUACAUUAAUAAUGAAGCAGCCACUCUUGUCUCGAAAUCAGAAGAUUUGCUUUCCCCAAAUUACGGAAAACGUACAGAUGUGGACCAUGUUUUCUUGCGUUUCGGCAAAAGGCGUUAAAUUGUGAAUAGUGAAGAGUACUUAAAUUGAUUUGGGCGCAAUAAAUGGAUUUCUUAAUAUGUAAAUGAAUUGAUACGAACGCAAAAUAACAACAUUUUCAACACAUAAACUUACAGUUAAAUAAUUUUAAUGAAUAUCUUAAGUUGAUCUCUUUGUAUAAUAAUAGUAUAAAA